UUAUGUCCUCUAGCGUCAUUUCUACGCACUGUCAUAGCGUCAUAAUACGUAGUCAAGCGUAGCAGGCUGUAAGCUCACUCGUAUCAGAGCAGAUAACAUUUCCAAGAUAAAGUGAACGAAACUCGCGGCUUAAAAUUGGGGACAAGUGCGCUAAUAAUCAUUAUUCCUCAAUCGUGUGGUGCAUGAGCAGUUAAAACAGCGUUCCACUCAACCCUUGGAGCCGGUUGUCUGGAAUAUGGGUAAUAUGAAUUAAGAGAUCAAAGCUACAAACAACGAAAUCGUCUGAGAAACGAACCAAACUUAGCUAAAGCAGAAUUGAAAACGUUUGCACAGGAAAAAGGCAAAGCUUUACCACAUUGAGAGCAAAAUGAAUGAAGAAGUCCCUCCCAAUGCCGAUCAUGCGCCGCGACAGGAGCUGUUAGGAAAGGCAGACUUGUUAGCGCAAGUAAGUAGCGGUAAUGGAAGAUCUACCCUUCAUGGCGAUUCCUACCAUCUGCGAUUGGGGUUGGUGGUGAUAUUGCGUGCGUUCCGGAUGUAUCAACUGGACAGGGCAUUUGAGUUCGUGAUCGCCAUGGAGGAUCCUGCCGGGAAAGAUUUCGAUGACAUCAUGUACCAUUACUCAUUGGCCCGGCUUUCCUCUGGCACUGUCAGCAUACAGGCAAAGCAUAAGCAAAGCAAUGAUGAUUAUGGUAAACAAGGAGUGCUUACGGAAGAUUUGCUGUACGCUCGAUGGGACAGUAAACCCAAGCCACCGUUCUCGAUUGCGAAAUACUUCCUCUCGUUUCUGGAGGUGGAGCAACACUUGGGUACAAAUACGCGAUCGUAUGUGUUAUGCACCAAUUACGUGCUGCAUAAACGCUUCAAAGGACAGUUUAUCGAGAGGGAACAACAGUCAGAUGAAGAUAUGCUGCAGUUCUGCUAUGAUGUUGGGGCAACCUGCUACCAGAUUAAUCCACAACAUGAAAACAAAACAUUGCAGGAUCAAUUGAUCAACAGCGCUCUAGCCAAGCUUGGAAAGUUGAUGGCAAACGAUGUGUUUCAUCGAAAAAAGAUUAUAUGCAAAGAUUCACUGUACUAUACCUUCGCUGGGUUCAUUAGCAAAUGUGUGGAUCGUUGUGAUGCAAACGCAACCGAAUUGAAGUUUAACGAAGUCUACUUCAAUGCGGCCCCAAAUACACACAUAGGAAUAUUUGGCACAGAGUUUGCCAAGGAGUACCAAAGGUUAUUGAACGAUGGCAAAUUAAAAUUGAGAGAAAUUUUGAAAACAGCUAUAAUAAGGAUCGAUCAAAGCUCAUUGACUGCAGCGCUUUCUAAGGAAGAAAGUUUAGAACAGUUAAUUUCAAAGUUUUACCAAUCUUUCGUGCUCGUUUGCCAAACGCCAAACGAAGAGGAACUGAUGAUCAAAGCAAAAGACCUGCUACCAAAGUGGUGCAGUGCGGAGCUGGUUUUAGAUAAGCUGCAUACGUUGCUGUUCAAUGCAAUGAAGAGUACGAAACCGGAUCCGAUUAGUUUGACAUUUCUGCAAGAAAAAUUCCGAGAAGUUGAUCCCAACGUAAAUUUUACGCUUUUAAGAUGUAGAUCAAAAGAGUAUUUCGACUCGAUGCAGCAGAAAUAUCCUUUCUUUAAAAUAGACCCGGAACGAUUAAAACGCUCGAAGCUGAACAGUUUCAUUGCUAGCGAGAAUUCUGGUGGUAUUUAUGAGUUUAAAUGCUCGCUCAAUUUGGACGUGAGCUCUCUGAUUGUAGGGCAGACGUUAUCAUUACAUCAGUAUGAAACACUGUUCAUUGAUAGUGCCAUGCACCAGGAUAAAAAGAAACUGUUGAAUAUUCUGGACGAUCUGAUGUCUUAUCUGAAGGAUGUCAAUCAUCCUACCAUCAAGUUGAUAACGUUUUGUGGAAAACUGGAGGCAGAAAAUCUUUGCGAAAUCAAGAAACUGUGUGAAAGCUAUCAUCAAAAAGUAGUGAUUGUAGAACAGAUUCUAGAUAGCGUAGAACAUAACAAUCUUUCGAUGGAUGAGCUCACAGGCGAAGCAAAGGAACAGCUGUUCCAUGAUCAUGAAAAUCAAAUCAUAUUUGGUACCGUCACACCGCUGACCAGCAUUAUACACGAAAAAGAUAAUUUGAGCUUUCUGUUGAAGGUGUUAGAGGUAUUGAACCAGCCUGAGAUGAUGGCUAGGUACGAUUCGAUCGAACACAAUUAUGAGCAGAUUAAGCCCUGGUACAUUCACCGCCAAUUCGUAUCAUUGGAAACUCCGGCAGAGGAAGAGAACAUCACACGAAAUGACAACGUAACGUAUAGUGCAAAUCCGUUUGGGGAGCAAGCAGAAGUUCCUUUCGCAGACCUGGCUAAAUAUGUUCUUCAUAAUGAUAAGGACACUAUGUCAGAUGUAAAGAAGACUCUAGCGUUGAGCGAAGAAACACAAGAUCCUCCUGGUUGCCGGGAUGACGAAAAUGAUGGGAAAGUGUACAUUUUCCUAAACGAAGCUGGGGAGGGCAAGACCACCUACUUUACCUAGCUGGC